GCCAGAUCGUUCAUAGAUCAGUUCGGUUUCAGUAAUUAGACGGUUUGGUUAGCAGCAUUUUGGCUGGCGUCCGGCGGCUUCCCCCUAUCAGUUCCUUCGACGUCGACUUUGCACUUGUUGAUUUUUGUGUUAUCUAAAAGUAAGGGUUUGCCGGAAAAUCCUUUUCGGAAACCAAGUCAGUCGAGUUAGUCGGCGUCGUUGACAGCUAUUACGGCAAUAACUAGGUAGCGGUGGAAAAGGUCCUAGCAAGUCAAACGCGCCAAUAACCAGUUGAUGCGAGCCGGUAGCCGUGGUUGAUCUUGGCAGUGAUUUUUCACGACGUGCAUCUCAGAAUUGUCUGGUGUUAGGGGAAGUGAACAAAAAAGCAGUUGCCCCAGUACGUGAUUAGAGUGAGAGUGAAAGAGAGCAAAUCGCGGACACAGGUCGACAGAAAAUCGCACGCGAUCCAGCAUCAUGCAGUCGCUGUACAUUACCGGGUUGUUGGUGAUAUUGAACUUGGGGCUGAGUUAUGCCGCGUUGGAACCCGCCUUAACGGUGUGCAAAAGGAAGGACCCAAACCUGGACAAAUGCAUUACCGACGUUGUGGAGCGGAUACGGCCGAACAUCGCCAGCGGCAAUUAUGGCUCGGACAAGCAACUUCCCACUCUGGAACCGGUGGUAAUCGAGAAGAUCCGCAUCGAUCGUGGACCGUCAUUUUCGGCUAAUUUUUCCAACCUGGUCAUCGGUGGGGCGUCUCAGUUUAUCAUCAAGAAGCUCAAGACCAAUUUGGACAAAAAGCAAAUCAACGUGAGUGUCAUUCUUCCAUCGUUGGAUGUCAAUGGAAAGUACUCGUUGAACAUGAAUAUUCUGGUCUUGCGCAUUUCCGGCAAGGGAGACCUCAAAGCUGUGCUGAACGACACCAAGGCAAUCCUGAAGUUGGAAUAUUAUACCGAAAAUGUCGAUGGAAAGGAUCUGGUUCGCUUCCGGCCGAUCGAUCUGAAGAUCAAGUUCGACAAGGCUUCAUUCUAUCUGAUGAAUCUGUUCAACGGUGACCCGACCCUGGAAAAGGUUGGCAAUGAGGCCAUCAACGAGAACCCGAUGGUGCUGCUGGACGAGGUGAAACCAUCCUUCGAGGAGAAUCUCUCCAUCAAGUUCACCGAACUGGCGAACAGCCUGGUGAAGGACGCCGAGGUAAGCGAGAUCUUCCCCGAAACAAACGAGCAAAGGCAACCUACACCCCCCGACGUAACGACGACGACGAUGAUAAUAGAUUGUAUCAACCGUUGGCGAUUGCUUACUACUACUGCCGACUGUCGACCCGGACAGAGGUCGCACCGACUCGUUAAAGAUCAAGUGGAUAGUGCAACGCUCGCGAAUAUCAGCAGCAGGAUGAAGUUCUACGUUGUUGGAGUUUUGGUGGUGUUACAUUUUGGAUGCAGCAGUGCACGAUUAGCCCCCAUUUUGACGGCUUGCUCCCGCAAUGAUCCCAAAUUCGAGCGCUGCGUCAAGGGAGCGGUGGAACGGAUACGGUCCAACAUUGCCGACGGAAACUAUGGCGAAGGGCAACCCACCGCACCAUUGCUCGAGCCGAUCUACAUCGAAAAGAUGAGCAUUGACCACGGGCCGGGAUUCCGGGCAAAGCUUCUGAAUGUAACGAUCAAGGGCGCCGGCAAUUUUGUAGUUCGUCGAGUCAAGCUAAAUCUGGAUGAGAAAAUGUUCAACGUAAGCGUGAAGCUUCCCAACAUGCUCGUCAAUGGACAAUAUACUUUGGACAUGAAGGUGCUAGUGUUACGCAUCUCCGGACAGGGCGAUUUUGAUCUGAAUCUCGACAAUACAAUUGCCAACAUGAGAUUGAAAUACUAUCUGAAGCCGGGGUCAGACGGGAAGGAGUAUGUUCAGUUUCAUCCGAUUCAGGUCAAGCUCCGGUUCGAUAAGGGUAAGUUUAACUUGCAAAACCUGUUUAAUGGCGAUCCCGCGCUCGGAAAGAUUGGAAACAGUGCAAUCAACGAAGAUCCGCACGUGCUGCUGGAUGAGGUGAAACCGGCAUUCGAGGAGAGCUUGAGCAGAAUAUUCACCGCCAUGGCGAACAGCGCGGUGAGUGGGGCGACUGAGAUGGAUAUUCUUCCUCUGUGAUAUUUAUUAGUGUGUGGUUAG